GGAGCGGGUAGCAAGAGAGAAUUAGUCAUGUCGUCCCUCAUCAGAAAAGUGAUCAGCACCGCAAAAGCCCCAGGGGCCAUUGGUCCCUACAGUCAAGCUGUGCUAGUGGACAGGACCAUUUAUGUUUCAGGACUGCUGGGCAUAAACCCUUCAAGUGGACAGCUUGUGCCAGGAGGAGUGGCAGAAGAAGCUAAGCAAGUUCUUAUAUGCAUGGGUGAGAUUCUGAAAGCGGCCGGCUGUGAGUACAGUAAUGUGGUGAAAACAACUGUUUUGCUGGCUGACAUAAAUGACUUUGGUACUGUCAACAAAGUCUACAAACAGUAUUUCAAGAGUAGCUUUCCUGCUAGAGCUGCUUACCAGGUUGCUGCUUUGCCCAAAGGAGGCCAAGUUGAGAUUGAAGCAGUAGCCGUCCAAGGACCACUUACAACCACAUGA